AUGAGUAGAUGGAAAGUAUUAUUUUUGUUCGUUUUAGAAAUUGCGACGGAAAUGUUUUCAGAAGAUAUCUAUCGUUAUACAGUACUAUCUCAUUUUCCCUCUCCAAAUAAUAGUUUCAGGACAAGAUGGCAAAUAGACAGAAAAAUGUCCAUUAUUCUACUGUUUCUGAUUUCUCCUUUGAUAUUCUGUUUCACCUACCUAUCAAUGUUUGGAAUGCCACAUUUCAAAUAUGGAAUGACUGUGCCUGAACAAAGUGUUCACCGUGCCAUACUAUACAGUUCUUCUCAAAAUAUGAGUCAUCAUCCAUGGGACUUUCAUUUAAAAACUCACAAACAUUAUGCUGUGAAAGGCUAUAAACUUGUUUGCUACUACAGUUUACCUAGUAGUUCUGAUUCUCUACAAGUGGAAGAUAUUGAUCCAUUUUUAUGUACCCACCUCAAUGUUGCAUUUGCUACUGUUGUGAACAAUACAGCAUAUCUAGAUGAAAAACAGAAAGAUUAUUUGAAGAAACUACUGGAACUAAAACAGUCUAAUGAAAACCUCAAGGUCUUGGUUUCUGUUGGUGGUGCUGGAAAUAUUGGUGGUUUUCCAGAAAUGGUAGCCAAUCAUACCAAUAGAAAAACUUUCAUACAAUCUGUGAUACAUUAUGUGAAAAACUAUGGUAUUGAUGGAGUUGAUCUUGACUGGGAGUUUCCAAAUGAGGAACCAGGAAAAGAUAAGAUUCAAAGAGUUCAUUUCACACAAUUACUAGAAGAAUUCAGGAAGAGCAUAAAUAGGGAGCCUCAUUUUCCAUACAUUUUGUCUGUCUCUGUGGCAGCUCCAGCAGCUAUCAUAGAUAACUCCUAUGAUGUUGCAUAUAUAAAUGAAUAUGUGGAUUUUAUUAAUGUGAUGUCAUAUGACUACCAUUUUUAUACAAAAGUAACCCCUUUUACUGGUAUCAACAGUCCAUUAUACACAGCUGAUAAUGAAAAGUACUACCUAAGUACACUAAAUAUCAAUUAUUCUGUGAAUUAUUGGAAUUAUUUGGGUGUGGAGCGUCAUAAAAUAAAUGUAGGGCUACCUACAUAUGGACAUACAUUCAGGUUGAUAAAUCCCAGUAACAAUGGAACAUACGCACCUUCGCUAGGUUAUGGAAAACUUGGCAAACAGGGUUUUGUGUCCUAUCCUCAGAUAUGCCAGUUCCUCUCCUCCAACCAGAUAACUCCAGUUUUUGACAUGGAGACAAAAAGCCCCUACGCCUCCAAGUACUACGAAUGGAUAUCUUUCGACAACAGUCAAAGCCUCAUUUACAAAGCAGAGUAUAUUCGUGACAAUAAUUUUGGGGGUGCAAUGGUAUGGAGCUUGAAUUCUGACGACUAUAAAGGCAUUUGCAAGGACGAGCAAGGGGGUGUAUCCAAAUUUACAUUGAUUCGAAAUAUCAAGAAAGUGCUUCAAGGGGAAAGCUGA